AUGCCAGAAAAACUGCUGCUAAUAUUUCUUACAACAAUAACUACUAUUGUUCCUCGCCUGGUGUUUUUGAGUUUUCCGCUGUCCCUCACGCUGGCACAGUUUGUCAGUAAAGUUAACGGUAUCUCUCGCGCUUAUUUGGAUUCUGCUGUGACAAUCGCUACAGCUGUCAAUACACUUGUAACUAACGAUAGCACAUACACCUCUGUUACUGCGCCUACAACGCUGUCAUCCGUUGCUCUUCAAUAUACACCUUCUGUCUCUCUUAGCACUGCUUCUACUAGACCAUCUUGCUCGUCGUUCGCUGAUGCUGUUUUGUUGUCUAAUACUAAUACUAAUAUUAAUACUAAUACUAGUUCGCAUGGCUCUAAUACUGUGCGUCAAGUUGGUGGCCUCAUGGAUACAAAUACUGUCGCAGAUUGCACUGUCAAUUUACCUGCUGUUACCACUACCACCACGAAGCCAUCAACCCCGUGCUCUGCUAAUGCUGUUGUUGCUGCUAAUACAUCUUUACCCGAUAUGAGCUACGCUGUUGCUGCCGCUGCUGGCUCUAAUUCCAUGCAAUCGAAUGGAAAUCGCUCUGUUAGGUCUCCUGCCGGUGCUGUUGCGGAAAUCAACACUGAUGAUUCUUAUAAUUCUGCUGCUGUUAAAUCUUCAUCUGUCAGGAAGGAUGCUGUUAGUACAAUGCCAACCACAAGUGGUACGAAUGUUACACAUGGCAACAUACAUGAACGAAGUGCUGAUAAAUCUGAUGAUGCUAUUGCGGCUGCUAAUGAAGAUGGUGGCGACUCUGCUGCUGCCCGAAAUUUAAGUAGGCCCAAACGCAUAAACAUUUUUCAUGGGCGUAAUAAUAAUACAGAUCUCGAGGUGGUCAUUAAGAAGAAAUUGUUGCACAUUUCCUCCUUUAAACCGUCUGUAUCUGAAAACCUUAUUGCGUAUGUAUCUACACAUGCAAAGAUCGAUAGUACACACUUUACUUGCUACAAAUUAGUAAAGAAAAGAACUCCACUUGAGAGUCUUCGGAGCGUGAACUUUAAGAUUGGUGUGAUAUCUUCCCUCUACAAAAAUAUCUUAAAUCCAAAUGUGUGGCCGUCUGAUAUCAUUGUGCGGCCCUUUCGAUUUUUUCAACCAGAAGCUAACCAAGGAAGUUCCAAAUAGUGUUAUAUAGUCUAAUGCCGAAUAUACAUGCAAAAAUCUGAAUAUAUACUUUCAGAAUAUGGGUGGAAUGCGCACAAAAGCUAAAGAAGUCUUUCUUUGUUCUUCACGUAUGGAUUAUGACAUAUAUAUCUUUGUGGAAACUUGACUUAAUAGUAAUUUCUUCAGUGAAGAAUACUUUGAUCCCAACAUUUUCCAGACUUGUAGGAAAGACCGUGAUGCUGAGAAAACUGGCCACUUCAAAGGGGGUUGCUUUAAGGCGUAGUUUAAGGUCGACAUUUUUUGAAUUGCUCAACCACGAUACUUUAAUUGACCAAUUAGGUGUGCGCGUUGUUGGCUCGUUCGGCUUUUUGUUUAUCUGUGUAUCAUAUGUCCCACCUAACAGUUCAGAUGAGUUAUAUAACUAUGACAUAGAGAAUAUCACACACAUCUAUGAAAGUAAUGGAAAUUGUAAUCUUUGUAUUCUUGGCGAUUUCAAUCUCCCAGGCAUUAACUGGACAUGCUUUCAAAACUCGGGGCGCCUUACCCCAACCAACGUUACUCGUUCGCAUGAAAUAAACUUUAUUAAUAGUCUUUUUAGCCUUAAUCUUACGCAAAUUAAUUGCAUAUUCAAUAAGUUAUCUAAAUUAUUAGAUCUAGUGUUUGUAGACGAAAAUUUGAUAUAUAAUCUCUCUGAAUGUAAGACUCCGAUCUGUUAUUCUGAUAUGCAUCAUAAUCCCCUUAUUGUUUCUUUAGAGUUUUUUGAUAAUAAUAGGAUUUCCUACAAUUUUCGGGAUGCAAAUUAUGACGUCAUAAACCUGGCUAUAAAUAACGUAAAUUGGUGUGAUAUCUUCAAUUCAAAAGAUGUUAAUGCCUCUUAUGAAACCUUUCUUUGCAUUAUGUCUGAAGUCUUCUCUGAGCAACUGGCUGCUUUACCCUACAAGCCUCAAAUUACCCUGGCACUCUGUCACUCUAAAAAAUCUGAAAAAUAAGAGAACUAAGGGCCUGUGCCAAUUGAUAGAAAAGUUCUCUGGAUAGUAAAUUUUUGACAGCUAUGAGGUGAAUAAAAAUGUUUGAUACGGCAGGGCUAGUGAAAAAUUUGACAGCAAGCAUUAUCAAGAAGAAGAACGAACAACGCACGUAUACACAUAAAUUAAAGAAAACAAAAGCGAGUGGAAAUAAAAGAACAUGGUCCCGCCGGCAAAAAAAAUAAAGAAAAGCUAUAUAACUUGUAAGAUUUAAUUUCAGAUUUACAUAUGAAAAGGCGUUAUGUAUUUUUUUAAUUAAGAAUACUAUUUUACAGGGAGCAGUUCAGAACGCAGAAUCCUUCUGGAAAAGCGCAUUGACAAGGAUGUUUGGUUCAAAAAAUCGGGAAUGAGCUGAAGGAUCGCCUGGACGGUAAAAGUGCUGAAGCAUGUAAAGCACAAUGGAAUGCGUUGAUGAACCAUCCGUGGCGCUUUUUGGGAAUGUGAGUUACAAUUUUUCGAAACGAAGCAGAGGACAACCUAAGAUGCAUUUUUGUAGUCUUGUUAUCGCCGUUCAUAAUGCUGCUUAGUAUUUUGGAAUAAACGUCUUGUUGCAUGUACAUAAA